AUGGUUGGCGCACCAAGUUGGACGACAACCUUGGACGGGCACCGUGCCGAGGUCAUUGAUCUGCCAACUGACCACAAAUUUAGUCAGAGCCGCUGUAGCAAAGGCAAGCGCGAUAACGAUGGCUACAAAUUAGCGCUCCUGCACAAAACCUUGCGGUCCUUGCCCAGGUCUCGCACUCAAGAAGAGCAACGAACCACAUCUGCAUUCUGUAAAGUCACUCAAUCUGUUAGUUGCCUCCCUACGAUGGUGUUGGUCGACGUCAUGUUCAAUCCUCUACCGAACAAAUGUUUCACGCUCGAUCGGACAUCGAUUGUCACUUUCCUGCUGCAGUGCACCUGCUCUAACGGAUCCGGGCCACAUCUAGCACACGACCUUCAUGAGAAUGGCGCAUUCCGCAACUACUUCCACAUUGCACAUACCUGUCACUUUGGCCAAAACUCCGACCCUCCCUGCCGUUAUGUGAUAAAUCAGAACCCAUUAGACGCGCUUCUAAUCACGCAUGAGACUUUGCUCUAUGCUAGGCUAUACUCUAGCCAGCUUGUUUCAAACAAAAUCGGCGAUUUCGAUUUUCAACACACGCACACGUAUCGUGUCGAACCGGUGACCGCCUGGACUUGCAACGUAGGCUAUUUGCAAAACAAAACUCCUUUAUUCGCGCAUACCUUGCACGAUUGCUCAAUGUGGCCCCUUGGAAAUGGUUCGAUCAUUCACAGCCUGUUUUCCUCCAACAAUGAUGAAGUUCUGAGGAUCCGUAAAGCUGGACAAAGCUCCAGUUGGCAAGACGAUAUCGCGUUCUUAUACCAUGAGAUGGAACCGCAGCCACUUGUAAAGCAUGUUAAGAUCACACUGCCGCUGAAGCUGCAAUGCUUUUGCACAAUGAAUACAUCACCACAUCCCCCACACGACAUAAAAGAUCACGACUAUCUUUGUAUACCGAACGUAGCGCAAGAUCAAGCACCAUUGGACGGCUUCAUAGCUAUAGUUGGACAACAGCUGCACAUAAUGAAAGUCUCAGAGACUCGCCGUCUGCUUGUUGAUCUGACAGACUGCCCUGUUACACAGACAUGGUGGUGGCAUGAAGUUCAGAUCCAAGCACAACUUACUUUGGCAUACGAAAUGACUGGAAUCCCACAGGAGGAGCCUGGCUACAUACGGGAAAAUUGGCCGCUGAAGGUUCUGGAACAGUUCAGCUGGAACCCGCGUCUGCUCAACUGGGAAGCGAAUACAUAG